GCGUAAGGGCGUUAGGGGCGGAAGUGACGGGAAGGUGGUUGUAGGGUAGUUGGCGGGUGGUUGAGCAGGACCGGUCGCCAUGUCCGCGGGGAGCGCGACACAUCCCGGGGCCGGCGGGCGCCGCAGCAAAUGGGACCAACCAGCUCCAGCUCCCCUUCUCUUCCUCCCACCGGCGGCCCCAGGUGGAGAGGUUACCAGCAGUGGGGGAAGCCCUGGGGGUACCACAGCUGCUCCCUCUGGAGCCUUAGAUGCUGCUGCUGCUGUGGCUGCCAAGAUCAAUGCCAUGCUCAUGGCCAAAGGGAAGCUGAAACCAACUCAGAAUGCUGCUGAGAAGCUUCAGACCCCUGGAAAAGGCCUAACUAGCAGUAAAAGCAAGGAUGACCUGGUGGUAGCCGAAGUAGAGAUCAACGACGUGCCCCUCACAUGUAGGAACUUGCUGACUCGGGGACAAACUCAGGACGAGAUCAGCCGGCUCAGUGGGGCUGCAGUGUCGACUCGAGGGAGGUUCAUGACAACUGAGGAGAAGGCCAAAGUGGGACCAGGGGAUCGUCCAUUAUAUCUUCAUGUUCAGGGCCAGACUCGGGAAUUAGUGGACAGAGCUGUAAACCGAAUCAAAGAAAUUAUCACCAAUGGGGUGGUGAAAGCUGCCACAGGGACAAGUCCAACGUUUAAUGGUGCAACAGUCACUGUCUAUCACCAGCCAGCGCCCAUUGCGCAGCUGUCUCCGGCUGUUAGCCAGAAGCCUCCCUUCCAGUCAGGGAUGCAUUAUGUUCAAGAUAAAUUAUUUGUGGGUCUGGAACAUGCUGUGCCCACUUUUAAUGUCAAAGAGAAGGUAGAAGGUCCGGGCUGCUCCUAUUUGCAGCACAUUCAGAUUGAAACAGGUGCCAAAGUCUUCCUACGAGGCAAGGGUUCAGGCUGCAUUGAGCCAGCAUCUGGCCGAGAAGCUUUCGAACCUAUGUAUAUUUACAUCAGUCAUCCCAAACCAGAAGGCCUUGCUGCUGCCAAGAAGCUCUGUGAGAACCUCUUGCAAACGGUUCAUGCUGAAUACUCUAGAUUUGUGAAUCAGAUUAAUACUGCUGUACCUUUACCAGGCUAUACACAACCCUCUGCUAUAAGUAGUGUCCCUCCUCAGCCACCAUAUUAUCCAUCCAAUGGCUAUCAGUCUGGUUACCCUGUUGUUCCCCCUCCUCAGCAGCCAAUUCAGCCUCCCUAUGGAGUACCAAACAUAGUGCCACCAGCUGUUUCAUUGGCACCUGGAGUCUUGCCAGCAUUACCUACUGGAGUUCCACCUGCACCUGUGCCAACACAAUACCCGAUAACACAAGUGCAGCCUCCAGCUAGCACUGGACAGAGUCCGAUGAGUGGGCCUUUUAUUCCUGCUGCUCCUGUCAAAACUGCCUUGCCUGCUGGCCCCCAACCCCCGCCCCAGCCCCAGCCCCAGCCCCCACUCCCAACUCAACCCCAGGCACAAAAGAGGAGAUUCACAGAAGAGCUGCCAGAUGAACGAGAAUCUGGACUUCUUGGAUACCAGCAUGGACCCAUUCAUAUGACUAAUUUAGGUACAGGCUUCUCCAGUCAGACUGAGAUUGAAGGUGCAGGAUCGAAGCCAGCAAGUUCCUCAGGCAAAGAGCGAGAGAGGGACAGGCAGUUGAUGCCUCCGCCAGCCUUUCCAGUGACUGGAAUAAAAACGGAGUCUGAUGAAAGGAAUGGGUCUGGGACCUUAACAGGGAGCCAUGAUUAUCCAGUCAAGAAGAUGAAAACUACAGAGAAGGGGUUUGGCUUGGUGGCUUAUGCUGCAGAUUCAUCGGACGAAGAGGAGGAACAUGGAGGUCAUAAAAAUGCAAGUAGUUUUCCACAGGGCUGGAGUUUAGGAUAUCAAUACCCAUCAUCACAACCACGAGCUAAACAACAGAUGCCGUUCUGGAUGGCCCCAUAGGAAACAGUGGAACAGAGUUUUGACCCUCGGUGACUCUUCUUUAGCAAUAAUGCAUGCACUUGAUUUAACAAGACUUUGGCCUGUACUGGGAACCAUCGUGGACCUUUGCAGAAGUUAGAGAUGCAGUGUCCCAUUUCUUAAAAGGCUUUCAUUCUUUUUAAGAUAUCUUUUUUUUUCUUCAGUGACAUAGCAUCUGUUAAAAAUUUACUUCGGAUCACAAAUUUGUCUCAGAAGAUUUUUUUUUAACAGUUUGUGAAAUGUGCUUGUUCAACAAAGCAUCCCAGUGGGAUCAUUCCAGUAUACGUUGACCUGGUCCGGCCUUUCCAAAUGCGUAGCCCCUACUAUAGACAGUUUUAUUUGUAUUUUACUACUGUAUGGUCAGUUUUGAUAAUAAUUGGUUACAAACCAAGCCUUACUAUUUAUUAGUGGGGAAAUGAUUUUAAGACCAUCCUUUCUUUUCAGUACUAAAUCUGCGAACUCAUCCCUAGUUCAUUUUUGGAUUCUUUCUGUUUGGAAAGUGCAGUUUUACUAAUUUAAAAUUGUCAGAUAUAGCUGGAUCCUGGGUAGGAAAAGGAAGUUAUUUUUUUCAUUGUAUCUUUUUAUUGGGAUGAUCCAAAGCUGGCACCUUCGGACACACUUGUCUCACUCACAUAGCCGUUGCUGUUUUUAUUGCUCGUCUAAGCUCUUGUCUUCAACUGGGUCAAAGAAAACUACUUGAUCAAAAGCUGGCCAGAACUCAUCAUAGAAAUGAAACAGUGGUUCUGUCUCUCUCAGAACUGGUUGCAGCUAAAAUAGAGAGAUUUGACUGCUCGCAAUAGGAUGGUGGACUUAGUGACUGAAAUGGCAACUGUCCUUUUUCUUGGCAUUACAGGUUUUGCCAAAAGAACUUUUUUGUAUCAAACAUUGAUGUGUGAAAGUGAAGGAGCUAGUCUGCUGAAUCAGUAGUUUGAGAUACGGAACUGUCAUUUUUGCACAUUUGAAUACUUUGCAGGCUGGCUUUGUAUAAACUUACCCUCUGGUUUCCUAUAUGUUGUAAAUAUUUAGACCAUAAUGUCAUUAUUAAUAAAUAUAUAAAUAUUCUG